AAAUCUUUGGAGCAAAAAGCCGUGAAAUAUCAUUUCGUCAAUCAGCUUCGAAAAUCGACGUAGAAAUAAAAGACUUAAUGAUCAAGAAAAAUGUUUGUAAGAGGAAUUUUCAAGUACGUUAUCCUGCUGUGUGGGUUUACUAUCGUUGUACUGUUGACCAGAAUCAUUGAAAACCGAAUAGAAAAUGAAAACUUUACAGCAGUAUUCUCACUAAGCGAAGAAGAUGAAUAUUUAUCGAAAACAACACAUCCGAACACAGAAAGAUCAAAUCAAGACAUCAAAACACAUAACAAAAACACCAAAACAAAUAUAAAUAUUCUUCAUGCGCAUCAAAUAAACAAAAGAAAUACCAUAUCAUCUUCUAGAAGUACAGACCUACCAACUAUAUAUGCAAUAACACCAACAUAUAAGAGAUUCCUACAAAAAGCUGAAUUAACAAGAGUGGCCAACACGUUUAGACAUGUGAAAAACUUCCACUGGAUUGUUGUCGAAGACUCAAGAAUUAAAACGAACCUCGUCCAUAAUUUUCUGGAAAAUUGUGGGCUCAAAUAUACUCAUUUGAAUAUCAGAACGCCCAAGCCUUUGAGGCGCUCACGUAAGCAGCCGCGUUGGUCUACGUCACGUGGUGUGGAGCAAAGAAAUUUGGGGUUGGCAUGGAUUAGAAUUCAUGUGAGUCUUAACAAGACAAAAGGGGUCGUGUACUUUGCUGAUGAUGAUAAUACGUAUGAUGUAAGAUUGUUUGAAGAGAUGCGCUUUAUAAAAAGAGUAGGUAUAUGGCCUGUGGCCUUCACUGGGGCAGCACGAUGGUCUGGACCUGUGUGCAAGAAUGGAAAGGUCAUUGGUUUUCAUAACAACUGGAAGCCUUGGAGAAGCUUCCCCAUCGAUAUGGCUGGGUUUGCUAUCAACGUUAAACUUCUAAUCAAGGUGUUUCCAAAUGCUUCUUUCGAUCCAGAAGUUCGUCCAGGAUUAAUGGAAACCUCGUUUUUAGAGCAAAUCACAACUGUUGGUGAACUCGAGGGAAAAGCUGAUGACUGUAUGAAGGUUUAUGUAUGGCACACAAGAACAGAGACACCUGUCAUUAAUAUCAACGGCGAAAGGCAGCUUAUCAAGCUUGGAGUUCCUUCAAAUCUGCUAGUGGAAACUUAGUGAAAACAUAGCUGCAUAGUCAAGAACACAUCCACAAAACGUUUUCUCAUACAUUGACAAGAACGAUAUUGAACGGUUCACUUUAGUAUCUUGUUUGGUAUACACCUAUUUAAAAAAACGUCCGUCGGAGAUCUGAAAUCUGAGACCGAAAGGAAUUGUGGGUUGUAAGCUGUAAAUUGUUUGUGGUUUUAAUUAGUAGUUCGCAAAAAGUUAAUAUCUUGAUAUACUAACUUUGAACGAUGACCUGCGCUGGCAAACUAUCUGGGUAACUGUACAUUGAUUUUCUAACGAGAAAACACUCAGUCCCCCACAAUUCUAAUCGGUCUCAGAUUUCUGAAUUCAGACAUCCAACCGACGUUUUUUGAAAUAGGUUUACAUCUACUGACCUGAAUGAGUCACAU